GGCUUUAAUCGGACACCUUCAUCUUGUACGAGCAGGCAAGCCCCAACAUCAAGCAUUUGGAGCCAUGGCAGAUAAGUAUGGACCAAUCUUUUGCUUUCACAUUGGCCUGCGCAAAACUUUGGUGGUUAGCAGCUAUGAAGUAGCAACAGAAUGUUUAACUACCAUGGACAAAGCAUUUUCCACUCGACCUGAUCCUUGGCAGGAAAGCUCAUGGGCUAUGGCCAUGCCAUGUUUGGCUUCUCUCCCUGCGGGCCAUACUGGCGUGAUGUAAGGAAGCUGGCCUCGGUUGAGCUCCUCUCAAACCGCCAGCUUGAGUUACUCAACCAUGUCCGGGACUCAGAAGUUAAGCUUUUCAUCAAAGAGCUCUACGGGCAAUGGAUACAAAAUGGGGACAGGCCUGUCUUGGUCGAGAUGAAGGAGAAGUGUUGGCACCUGGCAGCAAAUGUAAUGGUGAGCGCAGUAGCUGGGAAAUUUUGGCACCGUUACAAAUGACUAUGAGUCAAGACGGUGCCGGAAGGCCCUUGGCGAUUUGUUAUAUCUUUCGGGGAUAUUUAUGGUUUCUGAUGCAAUCCCCUUCCUUGGCUGGUUGGGCACUGUGAGAGGAUAUACGGCAAAAAUGAAGAGAACAGUUAGGGAGGUGGAUCAGGUGCUGGGAAGCUGGGUGGAGGAGCAUUGCCGGAAGAGGUUCUCUGGAAGCAUGAACGAGGCUGAGCAAGACUUCAACCAUGUCAUGCUGUCUGUUAUUGAGGAUGGUCAGUUCUCUGAUCAUGACCAUGACACUGUCAUUAAGGCUACUUGCUUGGUUCUUAUAAUAGGCGGCUCUAAUUCUACGGUGAUCACACUGACCUGGGCCCUCUCUCUGCUAAUGAACAAUCCCAGCACUCUAAAAAGAGCACAAGAUGAGUUAGACAUCAAAGUGGGAAAGCAUCGCCAAGGGGAUGGAUCAGAUAUAAAGAACCUAGUCUACUUUCAAGCCAUCGUCAAGGAAACAUUACGACUGUACCCUCCUGGGCCACUUUCCCUGCCACGUGAGGCCAUGGAAGAUUGCACUGUGGCUGGCUUUCACAUCCAAGCUGGGACGCGCCUUUUGGGUAAUCUCUGGAAGUUGCACAAGGACCCCAGAAUUUGGUCGGAUCCUUUGGAGUUCCAACCUGAGAGGUUCCUAACGAAGCAUGUGUAUUUGGAUGUUAGGGGUCAAAAUUUGGAAUUUCUGCCAUUUGGGUCAGGCAGAAGGGUAUGCCCAGGAAUCUCAUUUGCGCUUGAGGUCGUGCAUCCGACUUAUUUAAGAUCAUACAUCAGUUGA